GAAAUUGCACACCUAACAUUUGCCUAACAUUUCGCAAAAUUUUGUUCUCUAUUUUCCACCUCGGUGGAUCGAAUGUGAACUUUUUAAUUUCUUAUCGGGUGUGCCUUAUUUAUCAUUUUAUUAGCCGUUAACGUGUUCGCGAAAGACAAAUAAUGUCACUCGUAGCAACGAGAUCAUCGGCAAAGAGAUAAAAUUUACACAUAUUUGGUGACUAUUAAAACCUCUUUAGUGUCAUUUCUAGUGCAGGGAAAGUAUUAUUACAAAAUAGUGAUCAAUUCAAAGUGCAUUUGUCAGUUCGUUGUUUAAAAUGUUAAAAAUCAACAGACAACGCCUUCAAGUUACAUUAAUCAAUGUCAUUCGCAAUAUAUCGUCGUCAUCAUCAUGUUACACCGACGACAAAACUAAAUCGUAUCCGCUGCAAAAUGUACGAGUUCUUGACUUAACAAGAAUCGUCGCUGGACCAUAUUGUACAAUGAUUCUGUCCGACCUGGGUGCAGAGAUCAUCAAAGUCGAACGACCGUUCAGUGGCGAUGAGUCUAGGAAAUGGGGACCGCCAUUUCUGCCGAAUUCAACCGAUUCUGUUUACUUUCUGGCGUCUAAUCGCAAUAAGAAAAGCGUAGCAAUCGACAUAAAACGAGGAAGUGAUGUAAUUGUUGAGCUAGCUAAACAGUGCGAUGUUCUGGUCGAGAAUUACGUUCCAGGGAAAUUAGACGAAUAUAACUUGAGCUACGAAAAACUGAAGUCCAUCUGUCCGAAGUUGAUUUACUGUUCGAUAACUGGAUACGGUUCGGUGGGUCCGUAUGCUAGAAAACCAGGAUAUGACGUGAUUGCCGCAUCUAUCGGAGGUCUUAUGCAUAUAACUGGUGCAGCUGAUGGACCACCGGCGAAAGUUGGUGUUGCUAUGACCGAUUUAGCAACUGGAUUAUACGCCCAUGGUGCAAUAUUAGCUGCAUUGCUCCAACGCCAACAGACAGGAUUAGGCCAAAAAAUCGACGUAAACUUGCUGUCCACACAAGUUGCCUGUUUGAUAAACGUAGCGAGCAAUUACUUAAAUGCAGGCAAAGAAGCAAAACGCUGGGGAACCGCUCAUGAGAGCAUAGUGCCAUACGAAGCAUUUCCAACGAAAAAUGGUGGUUAUUUGACUGUCGGCGCGGGGAGUGACUCUCAAUUUCGUGCGCUUUGCAAUUGCCUUCAAAUACCUGACUGUGCCGAUGAUCCAAAAUUCAAAACCAAUCAAGAUAGAGUGAAACAUCGACAGGAGCUGAUAGCAAAACUUUCCGCAAUAUUUUCCCAGCAUGGCAACGAAUAUUGGAUGAAAUUAUUUGAGACACAACCGUUUCCAGCCGGACCAAUUAACAGCAUGGCAGAAGUAUUUUCCGAUCCGCAUAUACAAUCCAUUGAGCUGGUGAAAAAAUUGGAACAUCCAGCAGCUGGUCCAAUAAAAGUGGUUGGCCCACCAGUUGUGUUCAGCGAAGCAGAAAAUAAAGUUCGAACAGCGCCACCAACACUUGGGCAGCAUACAGACGAAGUGUUAUCGAGUGUGUUACAGUACAGUGCUGACCGUAUUCAGAGUUUACGUGCAGGAAAAAUAAUUCAAUGAACAGUGUAACGAGGGUCAUGUGCCGGAGGGAGAAUGUUUAAAAUUCACAAGUAGAAAUUUAAGUCGAUUUAGAUCAUCUGCGUUACACUAAAUUGAACCUAAAGUGAGAAAUAAAACAUUUUUUGGAUACAGAAAUCGCUCUUCCUUCUCUUCUUAUUUACAUCCUAGCCAA